GAAUCUUGUUUUGUAGAAUUUUUGUUUUAUUUUAAAUUGACGCGAGUGUUUGUGUUUUUAUUUUAUGUUUAUGAUUUCUUAAAAAUAAAACAUUUAAUUGACUACAUUACAAUCUAUAAUUAAUUAUAAAAAAUAAUGUGGUUUCAAUAAAAAUCGAAAAUAAAAUAAACGACUUUGAUAGUGGUUUUCAAUUGCAAAGAAUAGAAUGAAAAAAGAGCUGCAAAAAGCUUGAAGCCGUGAAUUUGUGUAAAAUAAAAUGCGAAAAAAAUAAAUUAAAAACCAAAUGAUUAGUGUUUCUUUUUUGAGUGUGUGUUUCAAAUGAAAAAUAAAAUGUCAUGUAAUAUUUAAUUCAUGAAAUUCGUUUGUGUAAAAAUAAAUUAAAAAAAAGUGCUAAAUUCCUUUAAUUAAAUAAAUUCAUUAAAAAAUCAAACAUGUCUCAACAUUCCGCUGCUUCUACUACUACGAAUACAACUACUGCUGUUACUACGACGACUACUAGUGAGGAGUCCUGCGUUAAACCUGGUUCUUCUUCGACGGGAUCUUUGAAAAAACAAAAGCAUAAGGAUGCCGAAGUACCCUUAACUGAUGACUUUGUUUUAAUGUCUGCUCCUGAUAAAUUCAAGGAUAAAAAUAUCAACGAAUGUAAUGUGGUAAAAAGACAUCGCAGUGACGCAUCGCCAAAUGAAAAAAUAAAUCUUGAAUGUCUGCUCUUAUCGGAUACAUCACUAACAAGUGGCAUACCACAGCAUGUUGAAGUUCUCCUGCAACAUUUCAAUAAUACACAACUAACACAGGCAGAAAUACUAUUUUUACUUGUUUAUAUAGUGGCCUUAGAAUCUGGAUUUGUUGGUCUAGCGGGUUAUGAGCAGGCGAAAUUGUAUCUGGAACAUUUAUUAACCAUAAGCUCAUUUCAUGCAAAAAAUGUUUUACGUUUAUCACACCUUAAACCCAACUACAACUUAACGGAAGACAAAACACGUUUCUGCUUAAAAUUACGCACACUAAUAAAUAUGCAAGAUGCUGGCGACUAUGUGUUUGCUUUACUCACUGGCUUUGUUACCGGUGACUUUUUAAUAGUCACCUUAACUCCAGCCACUUCAACAUGUGCCAACGGUUUUAGCUUAGCUCUAUCUAUUGGUCGCUAUGUACUUUCCAUGCAGUCGAAGAAUAAACCUUUAUAUCAACGUUUUCAUAAACUAGAUGAACUCUCGAAUAUUUUGCGUGAUCAAUUGUUUGUGCCCAUGCGUUGUCAUCAUAUUCGCUUGUUGCAGGGAUUUAUUUAUACCGCUUUAGAUGGCUUGCCUGUGGAACUUUAUGAUCAUAUUUUUAAAUACUUAAGCAAAAAUCAAUUAAAAAUAUUGGCCAAUGUUAAUAAAUCAUUGUAUGAUUCUGUUAAAGGCAGCAAAUUUACACAAAAAUAUAGGGACACAAAGGUUUAAGGUUUAGUUUUAAGGGUUUUUUUCUAUUUUGG